UAUAAAUAGAGCGACUUUAAAAUAUUACUCAACGCAGUAAUCGAUGAGCUGAUUGAUUCGCAAUGAGGAAGCAAUCUGUCGUCAUGGAGUUGUCAACCCCUCAGUAGAAAUUAGUGCGUAUAUCCAUAUUUAUAUUUAUAUCGGUGACCACCCCGCCGAGAUGGAUUCAAGAAUUUCCUCUCAUCAGACUUCAACGGCGUCCUGUGCAUUAUCAACAACAACCCGAACCUUCAGUAAGCCAUGGCGGACAAGCUGUACAUUUCCGAGACCCCCGAGGACGUCAAAAAUGCCCAGGGUCUUCACCUGAUCACCCAGAACACCCCUAACGGACAAGCUGUACAGAUUCUAUUAGAGGAGCUCGGUGAGGCAUACGGAACAUCAUGGACCACCAGCAUCAUUGAUAUCUCGACCAACGAGCAGAAGAAGGAAUGGUUUUUACGACUAAAUCCCAACGGUCGCAUCCCCACCCUAAUUGAUAAUAACCAAAGCCCCCCCUUCCCCGUUCAUGAGACUUCUGCACAAUUAUUUUAUCUCUUAAAAGCCGCGGACAAGGACAGCAAGUUCGGCUUUACAGAUGAGCUAGAACAAAGCGAAUCACUCCAGUGGACUUUCUUCUGGCACGGGUCAGGGGCGCCCUACCAAGGACAAACGAAUCACUUCAAUCGGGUUGCUCCGGAGAAGCUUCCGUAUGCGAUCGAUCGAUUCAGGAAUGAGACACUUCGAGUGUAUGGCGUAUUGGAGAUUCGGCUCUCCGGUAAGUACACCGACGAGCCUCGGGAAUAUCUAGCUGGCAAAGGGAAGGGAAAGUACUCGGUAGCGGACAUCAAAACGUGGCCUUGGAUCAAGGGAUGGGAGAGGAGCGGCUUCACUCGGGAGGAGAUCGAACAGUUCCCGCAUCUUCUGAAGUGGAUUGAUCGCAUCGCAGCGCGUUCAGCUGUUCAGAAAGGAAUUGGCUCCAAGUAUAUCAAGUCUUAAGCCAGAAAUAAUUGAUGCCUACCUAACCUAGUAGGUGGGUAGCAGGUAGUAUUCAAAUAGUAAUUUGAAAAAUCACAGAUGUACCUAUAAGUCAU